AUGAAAUUUACAGCAGCAACGGCGGCGGCCUUCCUGGUCCUUACUUUGGGUCAGGUCGGCGCUCUCCCGUCCCCUCAAGCCAACGACGGCUCGGUUACGGGAAUCCAAGAUCCUCCUGUCGAUAUUCCAAUUUACUACGUGGAGGAAGCAGACGUCGAGAAACGGGACUCGCAAGGCCAACAUUACGGCCAACAUGGCGGUAAACCCAAAGGCCAUGGCGAACACAAGUGGAAAGGCAUGGGUCAAGGAAAAGGCAAGGGCCAACACGGGCCAAUGCCAGACGACGAUGACUCGGUCGACCUAACCCCUCUACUCGAUCAUCCCGACCCAGAAGUCCAGGAGCUCGGUCGCCGUGCUGUUAAGGCUACCAAAUUCCACUGGUGGGAACAACAAGGUAACAGUGGCAAGUUCAUGAAUGUUGUGGUGGGAAACCCCAACGUUCGUCCGCUUGCGAAUGUCAAGGAACAGGAUCUAUUGCCCAAGGAAUUCAAGAAGCGCGAUCCUGCUGCGCCUGCUGGUGCCAAUGGUGACUCUGACUCCCAGCAUGCAAAGGGCAAGUGGAUGGGCAAUGAACACGAUGCCGGCGAGGGCAAACCUCCCCAAGGUGUUGGCGGCAAUGAGCAAUGGAAGCAAUGGAGGCAGAAUCGUGGGCAUGGGCCCAUGGCUGAUGACGAACAAGAGGAGCAAUAG